CAGGAUACCAGAAUGGUGAUUUAGCAACAUCAUCUACCUAGUAGUUGCCAUGGGAGAAGUCGAUCAAACUUUCAUCCAAGCCGCCGACCACCGACCGAAACUCGAGACGAUCGAAUUCGACGGAAUCCCACUCAUCGAUCUUUCAACUGGAGACAUCAAGGUACUUGUUUCAGAGAUUGCAGACGCCUGCAAAAACUGGGGCUUUUUUCAAGUCAUCAAUCAUGGGGUGCCUUUGGAAUUAUUCACAAAGAUAAACAUAGCAGCUAAAACGUUCUUCGAUCGACCCAUAGAGGAAAAAAGAAAGGUUAAACGAGAUGAAGUGAAUUCCUAUGGUUACCAUGAAAGCGAGCACACCAAGAAUGUUAGAGACUGGAAAGAGGUGUUUGAUUUCUUGAUCAAAGAUCCAUCUUUUCUACCUGCUUCGCCUGACCCUGAGGAUAAAGAAAUCAGGACGUUGAGGAACCAGUGGCCUGAGAAUCUUCCCGAGUUUAGGGAGGUAUGCCAAGAGUAUGCUCGAGAACUGGAAAAGCUAGCUUACCAGCUAUUGGAACUCAUGGCAUUAAGCUUAGGCUUACCAUCUAACCGGUUCGAUAGCUACUUUGAGGAUCAUACAGCAAUGAUAAGAUUUAAUCACUAUCCUCCAUGCCCUUGCCCCGAGUUAGCACUCGGCGUUGGUCGACACAAGGAUGCCGGUGCCUUAACCAUUGUCGCUCAAGAUGAUGUUGGAGGGCUACAAGUAAAGAGAAAAUCGGAUGGUGUCUGGGUUCCAGUUAAACCGACACCAAAUGCCUUGGUCAUCAAUGUUGGUGAUACAAUUCAGGUUUGGAGUAAUGAAGCUUACGAGAGUGUAGAGCAUAGGGUGGUGGUGAACUCGGAAAGGGAAAGGUUUUCGAUUCCGGUCUUCUUCUUCCCUUCUCACUACGUGAUGGUGAAACCAUUGGAGGAGCUUGUGAAUGAGCAAAACCCGGCCAAAUACAAAGAAUACAACUUCGGGAAGUUCUUUGUUGCUAGAAGUCGGGGUGAUUAUAAGAAACUGGAGGUCGAAGACAUACAGAUUCAUGAUUUCAAAAUCAUAUAAUUAUUUCUCAUUAAUCAAUAUUGAAAUCCUAGCCAACGUUGUCACCAUUCCAUCCAGUCUGUUAGACCGUAUCAUGGAAUUGUUUGAUGAUAAUGCUCACACUAUCUUCAAGCAUUUGAUC